CAGGCGAGCUGCACAUCCGUGCAAUGUCCUGACGUCAAUGUGGCCCCGAGCGCUUCAAGCCUUCAUCUUUGAAGCAGAGAAUGCAGCUUGAAAGCCGAGUACUUCAGCAAAGAUGUGUGCAAGUGUUUGUGCAGACUAGCAGCUCCUUUUGGACUAUCAUCUUAUUCAUAGCGGCGCUGAAGCCGGAACUUAGGGCAAAGUUGAGAAAUCUUGUAUAACGUGAUGUGGUGUUGGUGAGCUGGGCUGCAAAAAAAGUGACUCUGUUGCUGGAACUGUGACAGCUAUGCAAUGAACAUGGCCUCAAGUUCCUACAGCAGUGAUAAUCAGAGCGCAGUGGCAGAGGGACUGUGGCAGCUUGCUGAUGAGUUUGAGGCCGAAGGAGAUGUCCCAGCCACCGUCAAGUGCCUGGAGGCAAUCUGUCAGAGUGAGCGCUCGUUCUUGCCGCUGGUUGAAGUCAAGACAAGGCUUCGCUUGGCCACUUUCCUCUUCGACCACACCAACAACAUAGCGCAGGCCAGGAGCCAUCUUGAGAGAGCGCAAAUGCUGUUGAAAAACGUCCCUGGGAACGUGGACCUCAAGUGCUGUGUCCUCUCUCUCCUGAGCCACUGCUACCAGGCGCUCGACUCCAGGAACCUCCGGAAGCAGGUCCUACAGAAGGGCUGUGAGCUGCUCUCGCAAGCACAAGACUGGGAGGGCGCCCCUCUGUGGAUGUGCAACUUCCAGAUGCAGCUGAUUGGUGCGAGUCUACAAGAGGGCGAGCCUGAGGCCGCCAUAGCCUGCGCCCGCACUGGCCUCGAGCAGGCGCAACAAAUGAACAAUGCUCCCCUGCAGUUGCUGUUCGCUGCCACGAUGCUCCACGCCCACAUGUGCACCUUCCAGAACCCCCGGGAGUUGGCUGCGGCCGCUGACAUGUGCGAUCAGGCUUGGGUGAGCAUGACGGUGCCCGAGAGGGAGGCAUAUGCCGGGCUGAGCGUGUACCACCGGCUCCUGCGGGCGGCUCACUGGCUGAGCGUGGCGGAGUACGGCAAGGUCAAACCGCACCUCAACGAGCUCGACUCGACUCUCCGGUCCUUCCGAGCCCGCCAAGCUGCCACCUACUCUACCCCCCCGCCUUCUGAGAAGCACCCCGUCAGUGCCAACGGCUUCCACUCGUCACCUUCUGGCCAGCCAUAUCCUUCAAACAACACCCAAGCUGCAAACGCCCCUCUUCAAACCCGGUCCAAAACUUUUGACCUGAACGAAGCUCCGGACCGGUCGGACGGCGCUGGUCCGAGCGGCCGCCCGGAGACGCGAGUGCCUGGGCGAGGGCCCGCCUCAGGAACAAGCCUGCCGCUGGGGCCACCGCCGUUGGACUCGGAGUGGCUGCCGCUGACUGCCGCCGAGGGGCUCGCCGCACUGAUGUGGGCGCUGCACGAGCGACCCGCGGGGACGUCGUUCAAAAAGUGCCUGGAGCGGAUCAGGCCUGCAAUAGAGGCGACCCGAGCGGCGCUCCAAGCUGCUGGCAUCACCCCUUCCUCUACGUCCAAGAGCGUUUCCGCUCAGGCGUACUGGGACGCGCAACCUUACCUCAUUCUACUGCAACAUCUGCUUGAGGUCAAGGCCGGCAUCGAGCUGACGCAGUGUGACGUCAGGGACGCGCAGACUACGAUCGCCGAGGCCAUCGACCUUUUCAGCCGCUUCCCGACGCACGAUGCGCUGCAGAGCCGGAUCCAGGUCUUGGUGGGGCAAUACGCGCUCACGGUGGGAGACUUCCAGGCGGCGGUACAGCACUUCCAGCUCGCGGCUGCGGCAACGGAAGAUGCGGACGCCCGGACGCUCAUCACUAUCCAGACCGCCUUGGCGCACCUGUCCGCAAAUUCGGACGCCGAUCGGAGCGCCGCGGUCGACCUGGUGACCCCCCUGGUGCAGGAGAGCGCGCUGCCGCGCCUGCGGGCGCGCGUGCAUUCGGCUGCGCUGUUUGCGUCGAGCAUGCUUCAGGCGCUGCAAGGGCAAUACCAGGAGGCCCGGUUCCAGAUCGGGCGCGGCCUAAAGCAAGCCCACAAGCAGCUAGGCAACCACCAGCUGGUAUCGCAGUUCUUGGCCAUGCUGGGCAGUGUGAAUAGGGCCCUGAACGACCUUCCAACCGGGAGCGACGUCCUUAAGAGCGCGUUCACACUCGCCAAGUCGGAGCACGACCUGCUGACGCAGAUCAGCGCGCUUGAGGAGAUGGCCAACAUUGCCCGACUUGAAAACAACCAGGCUCACUUGGAGGAGGCCGCGAGCGGGCUGCAGAAGAAAAGAACGGAGUUCCGGGGGCAGGUCCAAGCGGCGCUGAGCACCCCCCUGCACGCCGCCCUUCUUCAGUACGGAUGCGAAAGGUGACGAGGACGGCCGUUCGUUGGGACCGUGCCGAGAGACAAACGGCAGAAGGCCGGUAGGACGAUCCUACUUGACGGAUCACUGUUGUUCUUCGAGCACUGAAUCUGCGACCACAGUCUGAUCAGGCAUUCUAAAAAGAUUUGGUGUCUCAUUCUCCUAUGUGACACAGCAGAAACAUUGUGAUUAACGUGCUGUGUUUGUCCGAUGUGCUUUUUCCAUAUAUAUAUAUAAAUCGAUGGUUGUGGGAAACGCAACCACUGAAUCCCAGGG